AUGGCGAGAACAAACCUCGGCCAACGCUUUCUCAUCGAGCUCAACGGCCAGUUCGUUAGUGCGUUAUCUGAUACCGAGACCGCCAAUCUCGCAGCCAAUAGUGAGGAAAAGUACCCCGUUAGCAUGGGAGACCGCGAGCAAGCUGCGAUAUUUACGCUGCAGAAUGGGAUCUUGCUCUGUAACAACGGUGUGACUUUACUCGUUCUAGGCCGGUGGAUGCAAGAGGAAUCGACCACGUUCGACCCUCUGCCUAUGUACUGGGCGAGUCAAUUCGACAAGGUGAAGUCGAUUCAGUACACGGGAGAGGGCGAGGAAGUGCAGCUUGAGUCUUUUGACUUUCAACUCGGUGCACUGCUUGACGAUGAUGGUGAGACAAGGUUGUAUGCGUGUCAUCCAAGUAUGGAUAUCGGUAAGCAACGCAUUCUUUGA